AUGGCGCCACCCCGCGUCUUCGACGAUCUGAAGGACAAGGAUUGGCGAGCCGUCCGCAUCCUUGCAGCGCUCCCGCCGCCCGGUACCCCGUCAGCGCUCGCAUCAGCGCUCGCGGACGAGGCCGCUGGUGUCCGCUGGGCCGCGCUCGAAGCCCUAGGUGCUUUUCCCACCGACAUUCUUCGCGAGCAUGCAGAGGCUUUGCUGCCUUGCCUGUGCGCCGGGUCCUGGCGCGAACGACGCUGUGCUGUGUUGGCCCUUGGACGCCUUGGGGCAGACGACUUGCUGAGUUGUAGAGACUGUCUCGUCGAGUGCCUCGGGGACGACGACCCAGAGGUCCGCGAAGCGGCGGCACAUGCGCUGGAGGGACUCCAGGCCUUUCUCGAGCACGAGGAUGCAGACUUCCGUGCCACUGCGAUCAGCACGCUCGGCCAGCUGCCCGCAAGCGUCCUGGCCCCGCACGCAUCGCGUUUGGCCCGAUGCCUCAGCGACCGCACUAGCGCAGUGCGUAGCGCAGCAGCAUUGGCGCUUCGGCAACUGGGAAAAGAUGCGAUCUUGGACCAUGCGCCGGCCUUGGGGCAGCUGCUGAGUGACAACGAUGCUGCGGCACGACGAGCAGCACUAGAAGCCUUAACGGCACUGCCGCCGGAGGACCUUGCAGUCUGUGCCCAUCUUUUGCGCCCCUUGCUGCUGGGGACACGCUCGAAGUCGAAGCGUCUCGCCCUCGGCGCCCUCCUCCAGCUCAGGCCUCCAGAUCUCUGGCCGUUCCUCGAUGAUCUCGUGGGCGCGCUGGAAGAUGAAGGUUGGCGCGUUCGGCUGGCGGCGGUUUGUGCUCUUGAGCGCUUCGGGCCGCGCGUGGCCGAGGUGGGGAUGGCAGCUCGAGCAGUGGCUGCGCAACUACAAGGGCCCAGCCAACUCUGCUGUGCUGCAUUGCGAGUGCUGGGCCGGUUCGAUCCGAAACGCCUCGCAGACCUCGCGCCGGUGGUAGCCCAGCGUCUCCGCGAAGAGGGUGCCAGCUUUCGCUUCUAUGUGCUCGAGGAGAUGUCUGGUCUUGGCCCCGAGGUGUUGACGCAUCACGCUGUUGCUAUCAUGAGCACCCUCGCCGACAGUGAUUGGCGAGUGCGAGAGGCAGCGCUGAAAGUGGCCGGGCGUCUGGCGCCUGGGCUCCUCCACAGUGCCGUCGGCCGCGUGGCGGGACUCCUUGGCGACCCAGCAGCUCCAGUGCGCCGGGGUGCCCUCCGCGUGUUGGCCCGGGCAGCAGAGAGUGGAGCAGAGGUCGAGCUUCCUUUGGAUGCGCUCCAGCAGUGCCUCGCUGAAGCUCUCGCAGACACAGACCUCGCAGGUCGAAAUGACUGUGGGGAUGCCUCCUUUCAACUAUCUCUAGGUGAAGGUCCCCUUGUCAGUGCUUUGGACCAGGGCUGUGAGGGCUUUGGACCUUGGACCUCACAAGCGCAGUGGCUUUGCUGGGCGAGAGCGCACGGGGACGUCUACUCCGAAAAGCGGGGCAAGAGCCUGGUGGCUUGCUGGUUGGCCGUGCCGUUCCGGAAAGGUCCCAAAGUCUCGGACCCGAGCAUCUUCACAAGGGGCAGCGCGCAAGCCAAAGGUUUGGAAUGGAUGGUUAGGUACCUGGCGGUGUCCUCCAAGAAGGCGGUCUUUCAGGAAGCCAUCUGCGAGGAUGAAGGGGCCGCCGGUGGGCGCUCCAAACGCAACAAGGACAAGAACGCAGGGAGACAGCGGGGCUUCAUCAUUCGACAAGAAGUUGAAGAGAGCCCCCUGACACGAGUCGUAGCCUGCUUCAAGGAUGCAGCGAAAAAGCUCAUGGACACUGGUAUCGUCAGUCGCGUCGACGCGGACGAAGCCGCGAACGUGAAGAAGGCCAAGAAGAAGGAGAAGGCCAACGACGCCGCUAUCGCGAAUCUGGGUGCCAACGAGUGCCGGAUAGAGACCAUCUCCAGGAUCCACCACUUCGCCCACGGGCCUGGCUAUAGGCUCCAGGUGGCAGAGGGCAUGGUGGCGCAGCGCCUGAACCUCUUCACGAAUCGCAGGGAGAUCGCUCUCAAGGACUGGCUCUCCGGUGUGCUGGGCGCCUUGGAAAGUACGGGCACGCACAUCAUGCUCCUGAAACGCUCGUCCGGCAACGGUGAGGUGACGGGGGGAGUUAUCACCGGCGAGAAGACGGAGGGCGGUGAUGGCCAGAAGGAGGGCAAGGCCACCGGGGAGAUGAAGAUUCAGCUCCGGCGCGACAAAGCGCAGCAGGCUGAGAACGACUGGCUUCAGUCCCUGCUCGGUGGCGAGGAGGAGAAGGAGCCAGAGCCGCCGGCGCAGCCGGAGAAGGCCGUACAAGCCCCUGCGGAGCCGAUAGCGAGGCCCGCGAGCGCACCGGUUCCGCAGCAACCACCUGAACUGCCGCGGACGGAGGCAACAUCGUCCAGGAGGCGAGGGGGCAACCACCGCGACUAUGCCGAGGCGCCUCAGCAGAGGCGUGCGUGGCUGCCGGGAUCGAAGAACGCCUGGGCUCCUGCUGCGUCCGGAAAUUACACGAAUGGGUGGGAGGAGGGCGCCUGGCAGAACGGAGAUGCCGGGUGGAGCGAGUGGAACGACUGGACCUGGUGGCAAGGAGAGCAGGCGCCCAUGCCGGCGCCUGCACCAGCGCGGAGGUGGAACAAGCAGGCCAAGGGCGGCGGAACGGGUCGAGGCGCCGGCCUGCGACGAAUGCCUACGGGCGGGGGGAGGCCUCAUCAAGCUGUUCAAGGAUGGCGACGGGAAGUACUGUCGGAGGUGCUGGGUUGA